AGUCGAGACGAGCGUAGCCGUAUCCGGAUAGCUGAAGCCGGGUACUCUGCCGGAUACUUAUUGUUACACGACAUUGUUUAUUCUCACGUUCUAGUUUAUCUUGAUCAAGGGACGCAGAAAGACCGUCUCAAAGUGUUCCUUCCACGAUGUUUACCCUGCCAGCUUUCUUGGCGCAAUGCUGCAAAGCAGCUAUGGAUGUGUUGACUAGCGUGCCCCUGUUUGUCGGUUAUGCAAUUCAGCCGUAUUGGACAGAAAGAAACAUUUUUGCCUUCGCGUUGUUUAUGUCAUGGUUAACUUACGUCUGGGAGACGUACCUGUCCUACAGGCAGUACAAGGUGUGCAAAGGUACGCCUCGAGUUCCUCCCGAGCUAACGGCUAUAACGGACCAAGAGACAUUCUCAAAAGCAAGGUUGUACUCGCUGGACAAGAUGAAGUUUGGUUUCUACGCGGGCAUCUGGAACGAGCUGGAAACAACGGUCGUGCUGCUGUUUGGUGGCUUUGCCUUUUUCUGGCAUUUUUGUGAGGGCCUGGCAGCCAGAGCUGGUGCUCCCGACCAUGAGCUUGUGAUCACAUCCUUGUUCAUUUUUGGAGGGUCCCUGCUGUCCACACUGCUCGAUUUGCCGUGGUCAAUAUACUACACCUUCGUGCUUGAGGAGCGCCAUGGUUUUAACAAACAGACUCCCGGUUUCUUUGCAAAGGACAGAGUCAAGAAGUUCUUUCUGAUGCAAGUUGUCAUUCUGCCAAUUGCUUGUGGCAUUGUCCAAAUCAUCAAGAUGGGUGGAGACUAUUUCUUCAUCUACCUGUGGUUCUUCACCCUCGUUGUCUCAGUUCUCAUGUCAUUUAUCUACUCAGACUUCAUUGCGCCACUCUUGGACAAGUUCACGCCACUGCCUGAAGGAGAGCUGAAAACCAGGAUUGAACAGCUGGCAGCCAGCAUAAGUUUUCCACUCAAAAAGCUUUUGGUUGUAGAAGGUUCAAAGAGGUCAUCGCACAGCAAUGCGUACUUCUUUGGCUUGUUCAAGGAGAAGAAGAUUGUCUUGUUUGACACCUUGUUUGAGAAAGAUGAGCCGACUGAAGGUGAAAACGGGGACAUCACCAGUGAAAAGGAAGGAGUCGAAUCUAAGGAGGUGCCUGAAAAGAAGCAACACAAGAAAACUGGCUGCAACAAUGAUGAGAUCCUUGGAGUUCUGUGCCAUGAACUAGGACACUGGAAGCUUAGCCACGUGAUUAAAAAUUUCAUCAUAGGCCAGGUCCACCUGUUCUUUUGCUUCAUGAUCUUCUCCCUGCUCUAUACGGAUGACCGUGCGUACAGGGCGUUUGGUUUUUACAACUCCAAGCCCAUCUUUAUUGGUCUGAUGCUGAUCUUCAUGUACAUAUUUUCCCCAUACAACACUCUUGUUGACUUCCUGAUGACUGCCUUGAGCCGGCGCUUCGAGUUCCAAGCGGAUGCCUUUGCACGCGGCAUGCAUCAUGCGUCAUUUCUGCGGAGUGCGCUCAUAAAGCUGAACCGAGACAAUCUCAGCUUUCCUGUCUAUGACUGGCUGUACUCCUCAUGGCAUCACUCACAUCCGCCGGUGCUCGAGCGUAUCCGUGCACUCGGCAAAAUUGACUAAGCUCAGCUUUGUCACGACGACGCCUGAUGACAUCACCGACUUGCGCUCACCAACCCAUGUAACUGAAAAACGUCGUAAGCUGUGUAGUAAAGCACGAUUUUUAUUAAUUGCGGUUGUAACAAUUAAGCUUCAGUUUUUCUCUAGUCAUCACUUGUUUACUGCGCUGAUUAGCCUAAGACUGAACAUUUGUUGCCUGGCCUAGCUGAAAGUAAAGCUGGAAGUAAAGCAAAACAUGCUUUAGCUGCAAGAAUGCCUUUAUCUUGUCUGAUCACUUAACUAGUGACUUGGACAGUGUAUUUCUGUUUUUUCAAGAGCGCAGACCCGCGACAGAUAUGCCGCGUUUACCGUGUUUUCUUUUCAUGUCUUUUUAGGGAUGUACUGUGCCACUUAUACUGUGUGCCAUAAAAUGUAUCUGUGUAUAUUGGUUACAAUUUUAUCUGACUAAGCAUAUUUGUGAAGGUCUCGCAACAUUAGUCAUCAUUUUUUUAGUACACUAUUUGCCCUCUUACUUCUAUUGGGCUCAGUCUGUUCUGAGGCAUUAUGCUGUAAACAUCAGUACUGUGUCUUUUGUACAGGAAAUAAAGCACAUUUUGCCGGUGCUGUUGUAUAUACAGGGUGUCUUUGUCCUCCUCCACUGCAUUGGGUUCGCGCUUCACGCAGAAAGGCAGCUUGCAGUUUGUGGUGACCAACCGAUGCCUUGCCCCUUUCACAUGGCUGCCGAGCCAGUUAAUUCUUCUGAGUAACGCCUGGGACAGCUGGUGUUGCAGUGCAUGGACGCGCAAUCAUGCGGCAAUUUUUAAUAUUUCAUGCAUUUUUUUUAUAACGUGGCAAAAAAAAUUGCGCGACACAGUAGCACACUGAAAGCAACUGAAUUUGGUGUUUUGAAACACGAUUAUUACAAUUCUGUCAAAAUUUGCGCCCUCAAUUCAUUACUUAAAAAGUUUGUUAAUUAACCUCAUCUAAUUAUCGAUAGUUUGAUUAUAAAAAGAAAGAAUCCUUUUAGUGCGGCGCGUCACUGAUGACAAUACAGUUCGUUGCGUCCUCGUAUAUUCUUUAUUUUAUCUUGAAGAGCUUGGCUAAUGUUAGCUGGGACACCCUGUAUGCAUAUCACCUUUGACUUAAACGCUACUGAGCCAGUGGAUUGGCUAAAGGUGUCACAUAUACAUAUCUAUAUGGUACUCUUUCUUAUGCAACAUUCAAUAGAAGCACUGAACUUCAGUGAGAUAUUUUCUACCUCUACAUGAUUUAUGCCUCUGAGGAGGUUAUGGUCUCAUUUUUGAGCAGUUGGGUAGUAGAGAAAGCCUCUACGAAGACAGGUGUGGGCACGUUGAGCUUGUGGCCCAUUUACAGUAUUCAUCCAUUCUCACCUGCACUCUUGCCACAUUAUUUGCAUGCUCUUAUUGCCUUGUCCUUUUGGUUUUUAUAACCGUUGCAAAGUGGACGACGUGAGCUUAUAUUACUGUUUCAGCUGCUUCUGUAUGUAAGGGUGCCUGGCGGGUGUGUUUUGUGGGAAGUUGUGAUUUAAUGUUGUAAAUUAAAGGAUCUUUCUUUUGCA